AUGCUGGCCUGCAGCGGUCCGGUCCUGCGUGCUGCGCUGAGCCAGGCAGUUCCCCGUGGCCUCGCCUCCUUCCAUUGCUCUGCUCGGCGCUGCCGGCCCGCCCGCGUCGCUGUGGUCCUGUCUGGUUGUGGUGUCUAUGAUGGCACAGAAAUCCAUGAGGCCUCAGCCAUACUGGUACACCUUAGUCGUGGGGGAGCUGAGGUUCAGAUGUAUGCUCCAGAUGUCCCUCAGAUGCAUGUCAUUGACCACAGUAAAGGACAACCAGCUGAAGCUGAGUCAAGGAACGUAUUAGUGGAAUCUGCAAGGAUUGCUCGUGGUAAAAUUUCAAGCCUGGCUAAACUUACUACAACAGACCAUGAUGCUGUGAUAUUCCCUGGUGGAUUUGGAGCUGCUAAAAACUUAUCUACCUUUGCUGUUGAUGGGAAAGAUUGCAAGGUGAACAAAGAAGUGGAACGUGUCUUGAAAGAUUUCCACAAAGCAGGGAAACCUAUUGGUCUUUGCUGCAUUUCACCAGUGUUGGCAGCAAAGGUUCUCUCUGGUGCUGAAGUAACUGUGGGCCAUGAAGAAGAGGAAGGUGGCAAGUGGCCUUAUGCUGGGACUGCAGGAGCCAUUAAAGAGCUGGGAGGAAAGCACUGUGUGAAAGAAGUGACUGAAGCUCAUGUGGAUACAAAAAACAAGGUGGUGACUACCCCAGCAUUUAUGUGUGAAACAGAAUUACACAAAAUCUUUGAUGGCAUUGGGGCCAUGGUAAAGAAUGUGCUAAAAUUAACUGGCAAAUGAAGAAAACCAGACCAUCUUUAAAUGUAGGGUUUAGUAUCAAAUAUAACAUGGACCAAUGGAAACAUUUUCACCUGCUUGUCCUGUUCACACUCUAGUGAAUGCUGAUAUGAAGCUGAUUGAUUCCUAGCCAUGGGGUUUUCUGAGAGAGGCCUGCAGAGAGAAGGCCUCACAGGAUACAAGCCAAGUGGCCUGAGACACAGAGCAUUGCCUGGAACUUUUUCAUCUGGAGAAGGCUGUGCAGAUUCUGAAACCUGCCCUGCUGAUGUACUGGUGUCAAGCCACUUCUAUGGAUGCAAAAAAGAGACUAAAGGCCCUUCGAGAAGCUGAUAGCAGAUGUGUUACAGGGGUAUAGUGGAUGCUGUAGCAGUGCAUCUUAAGUGGAUGAAGAAUGGAAGUUGAGAGGAAUUAGUGUGUGGUUCAUUUUUGUGCUCAGGCCUGUAUUUGUGAACUAAAAACCAGGGUCAGCUGUCAAGGGAAUCUUCCAUGUACUAAAUUCGCUUGGUAUUAAUUAGAAGAUUAACGUUUUGGUUUUUUUCCUGUUUUCACGAAGAGCCAUUCUCAAUAUUGAUCAGCAGCAGGACACAUCUCUACUGUCACAACACUAGCACUUUGAAAAAUUUAUCCAUUGGCCCAUUAUAACUAAAGAAGUCUGUAAAUGAGGGAGAAAAUAUCCCCUGAUGUGACGCACCAUUCUUAAGGAUAAUACCCAUGUCGAAGUAGUUGCAUGACUAGCAGUGGAUGGGAAAAACAGUCUCAAGUUAGCCUUACUUCCCUUGCUUUAGGAUAAUAAAGCUUUCUCCAAAGAAAUGUUACUGAAUGUCUGAAUA